AGUCCUUAGCCAGCCAGUUGGGACCAAAAUAGAGUGAGGCCCAUUGUGCAAUCCAUUUCCACCUUGCGUGUGUCGGCCGCGAGAAAUGGAAAUACUCACAGCUCCAAUUUCCUGGAACCAAACGCCCCCGAAAGCAUAAUGUUCCUCUGAUUGAAGUUCCACAGCCUGUGCCUGCCAAACCUUUGACGAAUUUUCUCCUGUACUUUUCGCUGGCACCUCUCUCCCUUCCUUUCUCUCUCUGAUUUCCUUCGAAUUUUGAUGAUAUUGCAUUGAAAAUUCGUUCUUUCUCGCGACCCAAACAUGGGUCCUCUUCCAAACCCUAUUAUGUUCCCUCACUUUCUCGCACUUUCUCUCCUCGCUGUCCUUUUCCUUUCCCUUCCUUUCUCCUCUUCGUCGAACUCUUCUUCGUCAAUCUAUGAUGUCCUUCGCUCCCACGGCCUUCCUAUGGGCAUUCUCCCAAAGGGUAUACAGAACUUCACCAUCGACGCCACCACCGGCCGUUUCGAGGUGUAUCUGGACCGAUCCUGCAACGCCAAAUUCGAGAACGAGGUCCACUACGAUUUCAAUGUUUCCGGCACCAUUAGCUACGGUCAGAUCGGGGCGUUGUCUGGCGUGACGGCGCAGGAGCUCUUCUUGUGGUUCCCCGUGAAGGGGAUUCGUGUGGACAUCCCCAGCUCCGGGCUUAUCUACUUUGAUGUUGGUGUAAUCUACAAGCGAUUCUCUCUGUCGCUGUUUGAGACUCCGCCAGAUUGUGUGGACGUCGGUUCGCCCGAUCUUUUGUUCCGUGAUGGCCGAAUCGUUUCAACGGAGUCCAAGAGUGAACCAUUAGAGCUUGGGUAUGAAAUUAUUCCACACGGUGUGCUGAGGGCUGUGUCCUAAACUGCAGUGGCAAAGAAUGAGAUGAUUGAAGGUUCACAAUGGCUCAAUCAACCUGCUGGUUUUCUUCUUUUCCCUUGGGAGGCUGUGUCAGGAAGUCCAGUUUGCCUGAUCUUAUGCUUCUGUGUGUGCUUGCUUGCUGUACAUAGUUUGCCUUUUUGACCUUUUUACCUUUGUGUAUGCGGAGAGAAGUAAGCAAUUUUGAUUGAGAGGGAGGGAGAAAGAGAAUGAUAAUGAAGAUUGGCUCUUACCCUCAUGUUUGGUCCGUGGAGUGGAAUGAAAAGGAAAUGGGAUUGAGUAUGAAGUUGAACGAAGAGUGAGCAAAAAUCAAGUGAUCAAUUCAAUUUUAUUCCAUUCUCACGUGCCAAACAUGUAUAGAGAUGAGGAGCCAGUCUAAUAAAUAUGUAAGAUAUGUGUUGUUGGUUGUUUGUAUUCCCAUACAGAUAAAUAUGAGUGAUCUUUUUUGAGUUUUUA